AUGUCUCUCGUGUCGGGCGAGAAGAGCAACUUCAACCACAUUCUGCGUCUGCUCAACACCAACGUUGACGGCAAGCAGAAGGUCGUCUAUUCCUUGACCAAGAUCAAGGGUGUCGGUCGUCGCUACUCCAACCUUGUCUGCAAGAAGGCCGAUGUCGACCUGAAGAAGCGCGCCGGUGAGCUCACCUCUGAAGAGCUUGAGCGCCUGGUCACCAUCAUCCAGAACCCUACUGCCUACAAGAUCCCUUCGUGGUUCCUCAACAGGCAGCGCGACAUUGUCGACGGCAAGGACUCGCAGAUCCUUGCCAACGGUGUCGACUCGAAGCUCCGUGAUGAUCUCGAGCGGCUGAAGAAGAUCCGGGCCCACCGUGGUCUCCGUCACUACUGGGGCCUCCGUGUCCGUGGCCAGCACACCAAGACGACUGGCCGCCGCGGCCGGACGGUUGGUGUGUCCAAGAAGAAGGGUGGCUAAGCGGGUUUCCUCUGGCGUGCGGCAUUCUUUGGCACUGCUGUUCUUGGCUUUCUGGCGGUGUUAUCCCAAGGCUAAGGGUGGUCAUGGACGGGUCGGGUUGAUUUUUAUUACCUUGCGAAAACUCGAGCAAUCCGUAUGGGGAUUGCCACAGGGCACCACCAUGAUUCACAGCAUGACAAUACAGGCGCGGGUAUGAAAAGGUAAUGACCUGUGCCAACAAAUUUGUGAUUUUCCCGUUUUUUAUUGCCAAGCACCCGAUGUGUGCAUGAAGCCUAUCGUCAGCUUCCGGCAUUAGCUACCUGACAAGUAUACCAUAUACCGGCAGUAGAUCAUCUUUUGCAUUCCAAUCCCCGAAGGCUAGAUAUAUGUAGCGACUUCCUCAACC